AUGAGGCUUCUGACCCUCCGCGCGUUCUCUUUGUGUUGCUUGGCAUUCCUCUGCAUUGCGCUGUGUGUCUCUGCCUGUUCUGGAUCUCUUUUGGACAUAGGGCGGGGUAGGCGCGGCGGGGGGGAAGGCAGCGGCGCAGGAGACAGCGGCGUUGUGCGGUGUUCGUUCAUAGCAGGAACUGGAUCCCCCGAGGGAGGCCCGUCAGGGGCACCGCUGUCUUCUUUCUUCGUGCCAGCGAGCGACAGGGCUAUGUAUGAGGAAGGUCUGAGGGACUACUUACAGCAGAUUGGGGCUCAGGCUUCUGAGUUAAGUGUGGUCUGCGCGCCUUAUCUGUCGUCGGAGCCACUGACCUGCCAGUUGUGCAUGUAUAACGAGGUGUCUAGGGACCUGAAGCAUGUUCGCCAUGGGCAGGUGCUGUCAUCCCUCCUCCCGCAGUGUAUGCAGGGGGCUUUUGAGCAGGCAUUCAAGAUGCCCCUGUCGCAGUACCACCCCAUCUGCUACCCAGAGGAGAAAACCCAACAAGCAACACAAGACACCAAGCAGCAGCAAAUUGUGCAGCACGGAGCAGAUGGAUCCUGCACUUGGAUGCCUACUCAUGGGGUUUCUGCGCUUGUCCUUUUUGUUCUGGACACUGCAGAGUGCCACAUAAUGAAGCACGGUCCUACAGUUCUACAGCUCCGCGCAGGUCGCGCCGAACAAAUGCACUGCACUUAA